CCAGACUUCAGACCGGACGGUGAGCCGCUGGGUGACAGAGCAGAGCCGUCGUCUCUCUCACAGAUUCUCCGUUUGGCUGUAAAAGGUCUCUCUGUGUGGAUUAUUUUAACACCAUCUCCGUGUAACGAGCGGAUUCCAGGCGUCAGAGGAGCUCAGAGGAGGUUUUUGGAGCAUGAACCCUCCGUGUGCCCGCUGCGGGAAGAUCGUCUACCCGACGGAGAAAGUCAGCUGCCUGGACAAGAACUGGCAUAAAGGAUGUUUCCACUGUGAGGUUUGCAAGAUGACACUGAACAUGAAGAACUACAAAGGCUACGACAAGAAACCCUACUGCAACGCACAUUACCCCAAGACGUCGUUCACCAUCGUGGCCGACACACCAGAGAACCUGAGACUGAGACAGCAGAGCGAGCUACAGAGCCAGGUGAAAUAUAAGAAGGACUUUGAAGAGAGUAAAGGUCGAGGGUUCAGCAUCGUGUCCGACACUCCAGAGAUGCAAAGACUCAGAAAGACCCAGGAGCAGAUCAGUAUUGCCAAGUACCACGAGGACUUCGAGCGGGCGCGCGGUCGAGGCUGUACACCAGGAUUGGACGAUCCCAGCAUGGAACGCUACCAGAGAGCCAAUCAGAUGAUUGCAGAGGCGGGAUACAGCAAAGGAAUCCACCCCCAGGCGAUGGAAAUGGACAGACGACCUGGAGGCAUCAUCGUAGCUCCCGUCCUUCCUGGAGCAUAUCAUCAGGGCGUCCAGAUGCAGCAGCAGCAGCAGUAUCACGGCUACAUGCACCAGACCAGCAUGUCAUCAGUCAGAUCCGUCACCUCCCCGCCGCACUCAGCCACUAUGCGUGUUUACCGAGCGCUGUACGACUACGCGGCUCAGGACCAUGACGAGGUCUCAUUCAGGGACGGCGAUGUCAUCAUCAACGCUCAGGCCAUCGACGAGGGCUGGAUGUACGGCACCGUGCAGAGAACCGGCAAGUCGGGCAUGCUGCCGGCGAACUACGUGGAGUGUUGCAACUAAAUGAGGAAGAAGAAGAAGAAGAAGAAGAAGAGAGGUCAGGGAGGUGUAGAAAUGUAAAGAAUAGAAUCCUCUGUCACUGUUAGAAAAUCAGCAGCUGAUGAUGUUCUUUGUUUUUCAGGGAUCACAUAUUGUCAGAAACAUGUUUGAAAACGUUUGCAGUAAAUAUGAUUUUCUUUUAAAUCCAACAAUCAUGAGCAGGAGAAUCCAUUGAAUAUGUGAAAACAAUGAGCUGAUUCUACAUCAUCGGGAGCAAGAAAUAGACCAGAAUGCAUUGCAGGUUGUGGUUUUAUUAAAGGACAGUCACUUAAACACACAAAAAAUAGUCACAGAUAUAUUUUUCUACAUAUUUGAAUCCUGCUUCUUUAGCUUUCUUUGAUCAAAGAGAGCUGUAUCCAUCUUUACAGGGGGGAACUGAAAAGCAAAUGUAGGAAAUCGCUUACUAGAAAAUAAGAAGUCGAGGCCUUCUGAGGGUAAAUGAAUUUGAAAAUGACUGCUGGAAUAUGCAGAACAUCACAGACUGCUGAUACGAGAUGACAGAGUAUCUGAAGACGGAGAUUUUCUUCAUGUCCAGGAAGAAAGUGAAGGAGAAGCUGAGGUAUAAAUCCAGCAUGCUGUCAAUACGUUAGAUCAAAUCUUACAAGUAGACGAGGGGACAAGAGAAGAAGGAUGCAUGAAAAGACGGUUUGAGAGGAAGGACAUAUCAGUGAUUAUUUUUAAUGUCCUGAAACAAACUGAAUCAGAUAAUCAACUUGGAUACUAAAACAAAAAAAGGUUAUCAGGAUGAGAUGUAUGAAGUCUGGUGAUAUUCUCUGUUUCUCUUAGUGGCAAUUUAUUUCAUGAAAACAAACUAGCACUCCCAUGCUGACAGAGCUCACUUCUGUUCACAUAUACGUGAUGGGCUGGGUGGAGGGGAUUUAAAAAAAAUCAAUUUAACUUGAUGUCAAGUCUCAAGUCUCUUAACAUCAAAUUAACGCCUUUCCAAUGAGGCUCUUGUGCAUAGGAUGGGGCCAAUGUUGCCCCAUGUUACUUCAAAAAAGGCUAAUUUAAAAUAAGGAAUAAAAACAGCAGCAGAGUGUAGAGACACUCUCUGCUCUGCAGCAUGUUUAAAGUGGAAUAUAGUCCGUACUGUAUAUCUUCUUCGCCUGUUCCAUUGAGCUCCAUUUUCGUCCAAGAUUAGAAACUCAUUCAAAAAACAGACUGUUGCACUGUAACAAUUUCCUGCAUUAGCUGGAGCACACUCUAUUCAUCUCACACACAGCACCCUGCUGGCCAAAAUGGACAAAAGUGGACAAAACGUGAACUUGAUGCUGCUUAAAGUAAUCCCCAACAAAUGCAACAAAUUCUGUUUUUUUUUAGAUCAAGCUAAAAGGGUAUGAUUUAAAAAAAGAUUGAGAUCUGCAGCAGGACACACAGGCUCGGAGCUCAAAGACUAAUAUUUUUUUGACAGUGAGUGACAUAUUGUUUAACACCAGACUUAUUCUUUAGGGACGGGUGAGAAGGGGAGAGGAGCUGAGGAAGAAAAUAAGGAAGGAAACAUAUUAGGAUAUGUGUCUUUAAUAGAUGGGUUUGAAAAUAGUUGUAAAGGAGGCGUGAAUUUGAGAUUUAAAAAGAAAAGAAAACUGAACAAUUCUGAUGCAAUCAAAGGACAGAGAGAGGUCAGAGUGAUGAGUGGAGGAGUUAAAGAAGUUAACAACAAUAUUACAGGAACACGGUUUAUAAUAAUUUAUCUUGAGUUCUUUUCUUCAUGUUCAGGUUAGUGUAGUUUAGUUUUUGACUUUUGAUUUAAUCUACAGAGAGAUCACUCGGCACAGCAACACUAAGCUCCGUGUUUGUAAAGGACUGAACUAACACACUGUGUCUUUCUGUUUUUAUUUUCAACUCUAAAUAAAAGUGUUCACGUUGCGUGCUGUACACACACAAUCAGUUUUUUUGUGGACUGAAAUCUGAACAGGCUGUGUGAGAAUGGGAGCUUGAGAUUUGUGUUUGUUGCAGAGUAUUUUGAUACACAGGCUCCUGUCUAUGUUUUGGAAAUAUAUAUUUUACUCUUCUACCUGUAUGUAUCCAGUAUCUAGUGUUUGUUAGGGUUUGUUGUCUUGCUGUGUGAUCUGCAUCCCGGUCAUGUAUUAAAUAACAAAUUUACUUCACUAAGCCAUCAGUCAUCAUUCUAACACAGAGUAUUUUAUAUGUUUGAUUUCAUUCAUAUUAAACACAAAGAUAUAAUUUACUGAGUGUUCAUGUUUUAACUGAGGCACUUUGUCUCAUUUUAUAAACCUGUUUAUUUUCCUGCAUUGAUGAGUUUUGACUUCUAAUGGCACAAUUUGUAAAGUUUUCAGUUUAUUCUGUCACCACAGAUUUUACUAAGUUUAUUUGAAUAUUAUUUGAGAUUCUAUAUCACGUAAUCUCAGUUAUGUUUUAUUUGCCAUAUAAUUGCAGUGUGUUACCUACAUGUGGUAGAAAUAAAACCAGAAAUUUGUCAAAAUAAAUGUGUUUUUCUUAUUCAGA